AGACAUUAUUAAUAAGGCAGUUGAGAAAAGCAGUACGUAAUAGUGAUCAUGGGAGGUCAAUUAGGGUGGUGGUGCAUGCUCAUGGGGCUGCUGUUAUUAUUUGGUAGUUUUGGGUCAUCAAUGGCAGCAACCAUUAUUAAUAAUAUCCCUACUCAAUAUGACACAGCUUCACUCAAUCGGACCAGUUUUCCCACUGGUUUCCUGUUUGGAACAGCUUCAUCAGCUUAUCAGUACGAAGGUGCUGCCAAAGAAGGUGGCAAGGGACCAAGUAUAUGGGACACUUACACCCACAAACAUUCAGACAAGAUAAAGGGAGGCAGCAAUGGGGAUGUGGCUGUUGAUGCAUAUCAUCGCUACAAGGAAGAUGUGAAAAUUAUGAAAGAAAUGGGAAUGGAUGCUUACAGAUUUUCUAUCUCAUGGCCCAGAUUGCUACCAAGUGGAAAGCUAAGUGGAGGAGUGAACAAGGAAGGAAUCAAAUACUACAACAACCUAAUUAAUGAGCUCAUAGCCAAUGGCCUAAAGCCCUUUGUGACACUCUUCCACUGGGAUCUUCCCCAAGCUUUAGAAGAUGAAUAUGGAGGUUUCUUAAGCCCUCACAUUGUGCACCAUUUCAAGGAGUAUUCAGAGCUAUGUUUCAAGGAAUUUGGUGACAGAGUGAAGCAUUGGAUCACUUUCAAUGAGCCAAUAGCUUAUAGCGUGGUGGGUUAUGCAACAGGAAUGUUCCCACCAGGAAGGUGUUCUGAGUGGCAACACUUGAAUUGCACUGCUGGGAAUUCUGGCACCGAGCCAUAUUUGGUCACACACCACCAGCUUCUGGCCCAUGCAGCCUCGGCUAGACUUUAUAUGAACAAGUAUCAGGGAAGUCAAAAAGGUGUGGUUGGGAUCACACUGGUGGCCCUAUGGAUCGUGCCAUAUUCUGAGGCAAAGCACCACAAAAAUGCUGCUCUUCGAGCGCUUGAUUUUGCCUAUGGAUGGUUUAUGGACCCCUUGACAAAUGGUGACUAUCCCCAAAGUAUGAGAUCUCUAGUGGGAAACAGGCUGCCCAAAUUCAGCAAAUUGCAAUCUAUGAAUUUAAAAGGGUCAUUUGACUUUAUUGGAUUGAACUACUACUCUUCUAAUUAUGCAUCUUAUGCUCCACAGCAUAAUACUACUGUUGAAAAUUCUAGCUACUUAACAGAUUCUUGGGCUUCCUUAUCCCCGGAGCGUAAUGGGGUCCCUAUUGGUCCAACACCUAAUGGUACUGCAAAUGCGAUCUACGUUUAUCCAAGGGGAAUUCGAGAUAUUUUGCUCUAUACAAAAAGAAAGUAUCAUAAUUUACUCAUUUACAUAACUGAGAACGGCAUCGAUGAAUUCAAUGAUCCAAAUUUAUCCCUGGAGGAAGCUCUCAUCGAUCACCAAAGAAUUGACUACCACUAUCGCCAUCUUUAUUACUUGCAGAAAGCGAUAAAUGACGAUGGUGUGAACGUGAAAGGUUACUUUGCAUGGUCAUUCUUAGACAACUUUGAAUGGACAUUAGGGUACACUGUUCGUUUCGGCAUUAACUACGUGGAUUACAACGAUGGUCUCAGAAGACACCCCAAACUCUCAGCACAUUGGUUUAAGAAUUUCCUUCAACAAAAAUUCUAAAAUAUAUAUAUAUAUAUAUUUGGGAUGGUGCUAAAGGAUAUAUAUAGAUCGAUCGAUCGAACAUUGUUGUUUCUUUAAAUAAAUAUAAAUUAGUGAAUUGGUGACUUCUAGCUAGACUUUGGAUGUGAUGAUGACAUUUUUAUAUAUGUGGAUUAUUAUUGAAUCAAGCAUAA